AUGCGCGUGAUGCUGUGGCCGCUCGGACCGCGCUGUGGGAUGGAGCUCGUGCUUCUGGCCGUCCUGUCCUGGGCGUCCGCGUGGGCAGAGGAGAAGAUCAUCUUUGACAGACACGCCGUCUACUGGAACAGCUCCAACCCCAAGUUCUGGCAUGGCGAGUACAGAGUCUCGGUCAACAUAAACGACUAUCUGGACAUCUACUGUCCCUUCUACGAUGGUCCGCCCUCUCAUGGCCGUAUGGAGCGUUACAUCCUGUUCAUGGUGAAUCACGAGGGCUACACCACCUGCCAGCACCGCAUGAGGGGCUUCAAACGCUGGGAGUGUAACAGGCCCAGUGGUCCUGAUGGGCCCCUGCGCUUCUCCGAGAAGUUUCAGCUCUUCACCCCCUUCUCCCUGGGCUUUGAGUUCAGGCCUGGGCACGAGUACUACUACAUCUCGUCUCCUCAUCCGAACCACGUGGGGCGGGCAUGUCUAAAACUCAAGGUGUACGUGAGACCACCAGAUGGAUCUGGAUACGACUCUCCGGAGCCUUUCCUUACCGAUGGGGGUCCAAGAUGGCGGUCGAGCCUCUCUGUCCUUACAGCCUCUCUGCUCCUGGGACUGCUCCUCUGGCUGUGA